AUGCCUACUCAAGAGGCACGCGAAACCAUCCAGGAUGAACUUCACAUCGAAGUCCUCCCUGGAACGGAGAUCAUGACAGACGUUGGCAAAGAACACUACGUCCGAGCCAAAGAGUCCGAUCAAGUCCUCGUCCCCCAACCAUCUCAGGAUCCUCACGAUCCCCUCAACUGGUCGCCCUUUUGGAAGUUCUCUGCCAUCUUUUGCGUUUCGACCAUGACGUUCACGCAGGGUUUUGCGCCGCUUGCUCUUGCGCCUAUGUUUCCGGAUUUGAUUCGUGCUUAUAAUAGUACCCUUGAGGAUGUCAUUCAGUUCACGGGUGUUACUAUCUUGAUCUUGGGAUUUAGUAACUUUUUCUGGGCACCCAUCUCUACCUCUUUCGGCCGUCGACCUGUCUAUAUCGCUUCGCAGGUGAUCUGCCUCGCAUGCCACAUCAUUCGCGCUAAGGCAUCCACCUACGGGAUCUUCAUGGGAGCCUGUGUUCUGAACGGAAUAGGAGCCGGACCCUCAGAGAUUCUCCAACCCGCCGUCAUCGCCGAUAUCUUCUUCCUCCACGAUCGCGGAACAUGGAACGCAUUAUACUGGGUUGUGUAUAUGGGCUCACUGAUGAUCGCCCCAAUCAUCGCUGGGCCCAUGGCAGAUCGCACGGGAUGGCAGAACUUCUGGUGGCUCAACGUCGCUGUCACUGCACUGUCUAUCGUGCUUGGCAUCUUUGGCUUUCCUGAGACGAAGUGGACACGUAUCGACUCGAUUGAGGCUGAGCGUGGAGUUAAUGAGAUUGUUGAUACAACUCAAGACAAGCCUUCGCACUCCCAUGCCGAUGCUGAGAAGACUGUUGGUACACCCCAAGCCCAGGGUGAGCCAGCCGCGGACGCGCAUUUGGGCAAAGGAACUCCCUCAAAGUUACAGUGGCGCUUGUUCCAGCCCAACUCAGCACCUCUUCAGAACAUCCUUCUCGAUAUCUGGACCCCAUGGAGACUCUUUGUCUAUCCCAUUGUACUCUUUGCUUCCUUCGUGGUCAGCUGGAGUUGCAGUAACUUCCUGAUUCUGAACCUCACGCAAUCGCAAGUAUUUGCAGCUCCGCCAUACAACAUGAGCUCCCAGUCCAUCGGCUUCCUCAAUUUCUCCAUCCUCGUCGGUGCUUUGAUCGGACUCGUCACGGCUGGACCCUUCAGCGAUUGGGUCUCUGCAAAAGCAACCACGAGAAAUGGUGGUAUUCGAGAACCGGAAAUGCGACUCCCUGCAAUGAUUCCCUAUAUCAUCAUCAUGAUCUUCGGUAAUGUGAUCACCUCGAUCGGAUACGAAAGGCACUGGCCAUGGCCCGUCAUUGCCGUCCUCGGCUACUCAUCUGCUGGCAUUCAGGUCGCUGCCCUCCCAAGUAUCGCAAGUACCUAUGCAGUAGAUUGCUAUAAGCCAGUCACCGGGUCACUUUUUGUUGCUAUUACUGUUAACAAGAGUCUUUGGGGAUAUGGUAUGGGCAAAUUCGUCACACCAUGGACUAUCAAGUCAGGAUUUAUCCCUGUUUUCAUGACCAACAUGGGCCUUACAGUCCUGUGGUGCGGCUUGGGUGCGGUAUUCUACUUCUAUGGCAAGACCUUCAGAAGGUGGACCAAAGACAGCAAUGUUCACGGGUUUUAG